CUGAAAAGGUCUUGAACAAAAAAGCAGGGGAAAUAAUACCGACUUUUAUCGAUACAUGCGCAAAUUACUGACAAGUGUGUCGGGGUAACGGGCAUUCGUUGCUAAGGACUACCCCGGUGUUUGAGCGUGGAGUACACCGGUUCUAUAUGUAGACUAGUAGCUUGUACGAUUUUAUGUACACAAACAUAUUAAUCGCUGAGAAAAGUGUGGCUGGAAUAAUUUCUACUGGAAGAAACUUUUAAACGGUAGCCAUGUCGCAGGUAGGGUUACCUCGACCAGCCUCCAUGGGGCAAAAAAUGGGGAUCAAUCUCCCCCAAAUUGAACAUCCACUGUCUCGCAUGGGUGACCCCACAAACAUGGAUAUACGAGGGGUGUCUCGCUCCGGGGAUAGACCUCUGUCUCACCCCUCGGGACGACCGCUGGGCAACGAGAACAUGUACACUUCCAGAAAGAGCAUGAGCGCGCACGGCAGGGAGAGUAGACAAAUCUCGAGGCAGAUGAUGGCGCCCGUCCCCAUAGAGAGCAUCCCCGAGGGGGUGGAGGUCACUUAUGGAGACCCCUCAAAGACCAGACUACCAGUUUUCGGCCAGGGUAAUCACAGCGAAGUGAAAUCGGGAAAUCGCGCGGACAUGGGUAGCCGAAUGGACAAUGGGGCCCCGCCCAGCAGAAUGUCCUCUCGACUCUCACAAGUUUCUCAGCAUGCUAGACUAGAAAUCGACGAAAUCGAGGUUUUGCUGAGACAGAGAAUCAAGGGAAGUUAUUAUGAGCUGAAGAAGAAAUUUAAGGACAAUGACCCUGAACAGAAAGGAAAUGUCUCCAGGGAGGCGUUCUACAGAAUCUUGAUGACCAUCCUAAACAGAAACCUGGCCCAGAACGUGUUUAAUCGACUGAUGGACAGACUUGGCUUCAAAGACAAGCAGAUCAUCAACUACAGCGAAUUCUUCGCUUACUUCCACGAGGUGCAAGCUCAGAAUGAUUACCCAAGGUGGAUGGACCCCAUCCAGCGUAUGUGGCCAGACAAGGCAACAAUGUCGUCAUCACAGGUCCAUGCUCAGCUCAAAGAGAAAGUUAGACAAAAGUUCUUAGAUAUUGCAGAUUUAAUACCUCAAAUGAACCCUGGAGGUUCCGGAAGAAUACUGAAACCAGAGUUUAAGCAAAUGCUGAAUAAAUUAAUGUUUUAUAUGGAAGACACCGAAUUCGAAAAACUGUGGAAAAAGUAUGACCCCACCAAUUCAGGAACAGUCAAUGGCGCCCAGUUCAUGAAUGCUCUGGGAAUUCAGAUGGAGAAUGGAAUGGAAAGGAACCCAUCUCCUGUAAUAACCGAAGGAAAAAUCACAAAGAAAGCGGGUAAAAAAGUGACGCUGAAAGAAGGGCCGUCCUCGAAUAGAACACCAAGAAAGAAAGAAAUCGAAAGGAAACAAUCCCUGGAUAUAGAGCGCUGGUUAAAGAAUAAAUUCAGGGAGGGAUGUCAUCAGAUGCAAGAGGCGUUUGAGGCCAAAGACCCAUCAAACACCGGCGUGGUUAGCUUUGACGAUUUCCUGGAGGUCUUGGGUCAGUACCACCUGAAGCUGGAGAAGAAGCUCCUGGCUGCCUUUUUGUCCAGGUGUGCCGUACAGGCCCGCAGAGACGGUGUCCCCUACAGGGACUUCUUACACCGGUUCCAGGAUCGCUCCGAAGUCGGCAUGACCCAUAACAUCUUAACCAAUACAAAGCACAGGCUAGUCAGAUUAGUAAAUGAUAGACCCACCAGCCCAGGCCAGGUCUCCACAAUGAGCGGCAUUGAAGUUCAACUGAUGAACAUGUUUCAGAGAGAUUUCCUUGCUCUGCUGGGAACAUUCAAGAGUAUAGACAAACUCGGUCUGAAUGUUAUCAGCCAAGAGGAAUUUAGAGCGGCCGUUGAGAGCCGCUUCAACUUCCACCUUCAGGACGACCAAUUCGAUGCAUUCGUGGACCGGCUCCCAUUAGAUGAGGAUGGAAAUAUCAAAUACGCGGACUUCAUGCAACAUUUUGACACAAAGGGUAAAGCCAAGAGCUUGUUUGAAAAACAGGCGGGUGUUGAUGUAAGCGGCCCUCCAAAAGUACCGAGCCCGAUUCUAGAAGUAAACCCUCCCGAAAUGCCCGAGGGAAGUCAUGUAGAUAGACUAGUUGUUGAAGAACCAGUGUUUGCUGAUUACGCUCAAGUUCGUCGUACUCCACAGGAGCUUUUUAAAGUCAUCAAAGACCUCAUGAACAGACGAUUUCAAGAUGUAGAGAGAGUAUUUUAUGAGCUAGAUGAAAUAAACAGUGAAAGAUUAUCACAAGAAAUGAUGUUUCAACUUCUUAAGAGAUUUGACGUCAAACCAGAGGUUUCCCGCGGGGAAAUCCGAGACCUUUGGAAGACAUUUAUUACUAACACAGACAAAACCCUUGACUACCACGAGUUUGUCCGCCAUUUUGGAUUUUCAAAGAAAUCAGCCUCUUUCCCCAACGCUAAACUGAACCCACCCAAACGAGGAGACGCCGACUUCAUGAUCAGAUCGAGAAAGCUCAAUUGUGCCGCAGAUAUGCUAGAGGACAGCUUGCGGUCAAAGGUUGAUUAUAUGUGGGAAGACCUUAGGAAGGAGUUUGUGGAGAUGGACCCUUACGGGACCGGCUAUGUAUCUAGGGAGGAGUUUAAGGACGUUCUUACUGAAUUAUGUGUACAUCUCAGCGAAUUUGAGAUCAACAAGCUCAGUGACAAAUUUGACAUGAAGAGAGAUGCCCGUGUUUCGUAUAUCGAGUUUUUGAAGCCCUUUGCUCUGAGGAAACAAAUCUGGCGUCACGGUAACAACAUGCUUUCUCUCCUCGCUCACCCUCAACCGGAACUGCCCAUCCCUGACAUAGUAGAACCUCCGCAGAAGGGUCUCCAUGGCAUUACCUCCAAACUGAGGCAGAAGCUUGCUGGAGAUUGGAAAAACCUACGACGGGCGUUCCGGAAAUUGGACACGAGUAACCAAGGUUACUUAUCCGUUCCCGAGUUCCGGUCAGUACUGAAGCUGGCAAAUGUCAUCCUGGACGAAGACGAGGUCUAUCACGUUCUUACUCAGUUUGACCACAACAUGUCCGGCAAAAUCCCGUACGAAAAGUUCAUAGAAGAAACAUUUAAACCUCCAACCAGACAGAGUGUACGAAAAAUCUGACGUCAUUAACUAAAUAUAGUAUUUUUUCUCAAAUGUGAAACCUGCCCUCCGAGGUGAUAGGCAAUUGUGGUUGUGUAAAACAUGAACGCCGAUACAAAAUAUUUUGAAGACUUAGUUUGAAUGACAACCAGUAUUUUUUUAUUUGUAUGUUGAUAACUAGACAUAAGUUCCAUCAUGCCCUGCUUCAUCCGUUUCGUUCCCGUUGUUGAUUGUCAGUGAGCCUGGAUUCUGACGUGAUAAUACAUUUUGUGGUGCAUCUACUCGUCUGUUUUCAUUUCCACUUCGUUGUUUUACUUAUUUAUUAUGUAUCUCAGUAUUAUAAGCUCUAGGUGUGCACGUGACUUCUGGUUUCCAAGCAAUAGGUACACUACAUCAUACAUCCUCAAGUGUAAUAUUGUAGCACUUGAUAUAUAAAAUCUGUACUCUGUAAAAGAAAAUAUUUUAUUGUAUUAUACUGAGGAUUGUGUUUGACAUUUUUAUUAAGAAAAAGUUGGAUAUUUUCGGUGCUGCACCGUAUUAUAUAAGGCAGUUCUAGACCUGUAUUGAUGUGAUAAAAAAAAUUCUGUGAUAUUUCUUAAUGUCUGCAUCUAUGUCUCCGCUAACAUUAUUUGUUACAAUAUCGUUUUACAAUAAAAUUGUAAAAUUUUCA